AUGAUGAAGUCAUUAGUAGGGGUGUUGGCGGUAGCCAUGGUGGUGGUGGCUGCGGUGCAGGCAGACGAUGUCCCGUUUACGGACAAGGAUUUAGAGUCGGAGGAGAGCAUGUGGAAACUGUACGAGAGGUGGCACAACGUGUAUCAUGGGUCAUCAUCAGAUGGCCUCGCCGAGAAGGUUAGCAGGUUCGAGGUGUUCAAGAAGAACGCCAGAUACGUAAGCGAGGCCAACAAGAAAAAAGGGAUGACCUAUAAGCUGGGCCUCAACAAGUUCUCCGACAUGACCAUGGAGGAAUUCACGGCCAAGUACACCGGCGGUAGGCCCGGACCGGUCAUCGGCACGAAGAACAGGACCAGCAGCGGUUCCCAGGCUACCAAGCGGCGUGCAGCAGCCAAUAACUGCUACGUCCCUUCGUCAUGGGACUGGAGAGAAUAUGGAGUUGUCGCUCCUGUGAAGGACCAAGGAUCUUGCGGGAGCUGCUGGGCGUUCGGCGCGGUCGGGGCGGUAGAGAGCAAGAACGCGAUCUGGACAGGAAACCUCCUGAGUCUAUCGGAGCAGCAAGUUUUGGAUUGCUCCGGCGGCGGCGACUGUAACUGGGGCUACCCGUACACUGCCCUCCAGUAUGCCAUGAACACCGGAAUAACUAUAGACGCCAACUACCCGUACAAGACGCAGCAGCAGCCGUGCACCUUUGACCCUAACAAUCCUCCAAUCGUGAAGAUCAGUGGCAUAUCCUUCGUGAACUCCGGCGACGAGGAUGAACUGAAGCAGGCAGUGUAUAACUAUGGCCCCGUGGUCGUCAUCAUCGAAGCGAGCAACGACUUCCAUAGCUACAGUACGGGCGUGUUCCAAGGUUACUGCGGGACAUCGACAAACCAUGUGGUAUUAGUGGUAGGAUAUGGUAAGAUACCCGACGGUCCACGCUACUGGAUCGUGAAGAAUUCGUGGGGCGAAGGAUGGGGUGAGAAGGGUUACAUCCGUAUGAUCCGUGACAUCGACUCGGACAAGGGCAUCUGCGGCAUCACCACCUAUCCACUCUACCCUGAUGGCAUCGCCGUCUCCUCUUCUGCUCCCGCCUACUAG